AUGAAUGAAAAAAAUAAUGUUAAAAUGGAUGAAGAAAAUGAAAAGAAAAAGGAAAAAAAAAUGAAAGAUCUAAUAAAAAAAAGAUGUUAUAUUUUCCCACAAUUCUCUAAUAAAAAUAAUGAAAUAGAAUAUGAUAUGUUACGAAUAUAUAACUUAAAAGAAUUUAUUUGCAUUCAUUUACUUGUGUCAUUAUUAAUAAUUCUGAUAGAAUGCUUUAUGUUUUCUUAUAAAUUUAAUAAAAAAGAUUCAUCUGCUAUUGAAUUAUUAGUGGUCACUUUUUCUUUUUUAAAUUGUUUAAUGCAUAUUGUUGUAUUAAUAAAAAUUUAUUUUUUUUCAUCAAAAAAAGUAUAUACUAAAAAUUUGUUUAUUGGAUAUAUAAUUAUAAAUCAAAUUUUUCAAUUUUUGUCUUUAUAUUUCUAUACUAAACGAAGUCAAACUGAUAAAAUUGAUUCUUUUACUUUCUAUAAUGACAAAUUUAGUUUAUAUAUACAUUUCUUUGUAGACUCAGUUUUCAUAUUAUGUUUACCCACAUUAAAAUUUGUUUUAACCUUUAUAUUUAUGACAAUUUAUUUAAGUAUUAACACAAUAUUGAUGGUAUUAAUUAAUUUUGAAAAUACUAAAAAUGAAGUGGAUUUUUAUUAUAUGUAUAUUCUGAGUGUUUUGUUGAUUAUGUUUUUUAUAUUAAGAUAUUUAAUGGAAAAGAGAAACAGAAUUUUACUGUAUAUGAUUAAAGAUGUUUUAUCAAAUAAUUGCAAAAAAUUUUACGAAUGUAAAUCUAAUUAUGAGAAAGAAACUGAUUCUAUAACUGUUGAUAUUUCUAAAGGAAAAUAUGAUAAAAAGGAAGAUAAUUAUAAGUUUUUGUUUUCUGAUAAAAGUAUAUUUUUUAAUGAUUUCACGUUAAAUGCAUGUUAUAAAGAUUAUUACUCUGUAUUUUAUUUUUUAAAAAAAUUAUUGACAAGUUGCGAUAAAAAUAAAAAUACAAAAGAGAGUAUUAAUGAAAAAGAAGCGUUUGAUAAUAUAAAAAAACAUUUAAAUGAAUCAGAUAUUUUAACGAUAGCUUAUGAGGCAGAUGUUUUAAAAAAUAUUAAAAAAAUAAAUUCGGAUGAAAUAGGAAGAAAUUGGGAUUAUUCGUUUAUAGAUUCUGAAUAUGGCAAAUCAACAUUAGUCAUAUUAGAAGUAGGAUAUCAUUUAAUUAAUCCUUAUAUUGAAAAUAAUGAGAAAAAAAGGAAAAAACUUCAAUUAUUUUUAUUAUUAAUUAAUAGCAUGUAUUUUCCCAACCCUUAUCAUAACGCCAAUCAUGGUGCAACAGUUUGUCAUCUAUCGAAAUGCUUAGCUCACAUUACUGAUUUUGAUAAACAUUUAAACAAUACAUAUAUGAUUUGUUAUUUAAUUGCUUCAAUUGCACAUGAUGUAGGUCAUCCAGGAAAAACAAAUGCUUAUUUAUCAGAAACAAAUCAUAUUUUAUCUAUUAGAUAUAACGAUAUGAGUAUAUUAGAAAAUUAUCAUUGCAGUAUAACAUUUUCUAUUUUGCAACUUAUAGGGUUUGAUUUUCUAAUAAAUAAUGAAGACACUAAAUUAGUAGAUAAAAAUAACUAUACAAAUAUUCGUAAGUUUAUUAUAGAAUUAAUUAUUGCUACUGAUAUGAAAUUACAUUUUGAAUAUGUUGAUAUAUUUAAAAAAAGAAAAAAAAGCGAAAACUUUGAUAUUAGUGAUAGAGAUGCUAUAAAUUUAGGAACUAUUAAUAUCAAAUUAGCUGACAUUGGUCAUACUUGUUUAAAAUGGAGAGAUCAUGCAAAGUGGACUAUGCUUGUUAGUGAAGAAUUUUUUUCUCAAAAAAAAGUUGAAGAACUUUAUAAAAAGAAAAAAAAUAUGGGUUCAUCUUACGAUUUUAACAAUUUUAAUAAUCAGGAAUGUAUAGAUGAUGCAAUGAUUUUUAGUUAUGAAAAUAUUUAUAUAAAUUAUGUGAAUAAUAUAAAUAACAUUAAUAAAUAUGAUUUCAGUUACAUAAAACUAAAUUUCAUUCACAAUCAUGAUUUUGUGAAAAGUAUACCAAGUACUCAAGUAUAUUUUUUUGAAAUUAUCGUUAUGCCACUUAUUCAAGAAUUACAAUCAAUGGAAAAGGAUAAAAAAGAUAUAACACAAAAAGUUUUACAUAACUUAAAUGUAAAUUUAAAAACAUGGAGACUAAUAGAAAAAAAUAUAAAUUUAUUUUAUAAUACGGAAAAGAUGAGAGUAACUGAUUAUUAUAAAAAAUUAGAAAAAAAAAAAUUAUUAAGAGGAAUUAGCUUAUUAGAUAUUGCUGAAGAGGAUGUAAUAUCACUAACAAAAGAUUUUGUUAAAAGUGAAAAUAUAGAAGAAAAGGAUGAGAAAAAAAAAAGUGUAAAUGAUAAAAAUUUAGAAAAAAAGAAAAACAGUAAGAGUGGGAAGAAGAAAAAAAGCACAACAUAG